AUCGGCCACACAUUAAGACAAAAUGAUUCGUUUAGCUCGCUGACCGGUCUGUUUUGGUAAAGUGCUGGUUAAUAAUGGGUGUAUUUGGUUGUCAACACCACUACGGUUACGGGGAGGUGUCGCUUGUGUUUUAACAUCGUUUCGCUGACGAGCUAUUGAACCGUGAAGUCUGAAGCUGUGAAUAUCUCGCUAACUUUACCGAACUCUUCGGUCUCCAGGCGGGAGGAGCUAAUAGCCGAGGGACUGCUAGCCGACGAGUCCAUCCAACAUGGCCAACUAGUCCGGGGUUGGUCGACCUUCUGCUCCAGGUAAGUCAUACGCUUUAAACCUUAAAAGCCACCAGCCAGUGACCUGACGAGUGUAAACCCCGUUCGGCGUCUUGUCCAGUGACCUAACAUGUUUGUAAAACGAACGUUAAGGUUUCAUGCUAGCAAGCUGUAGCUGCUAGAUGACGUUAGCUUCACGGCUAGCACUUUUCUACGGAAGCGUUGUGUUUCCAACUCUCGCGUAAAUAGGCGUUUGUCUAACGUUAUGUACUCAACGACGUGGCUUUUAUUCAGACGAAGAUCGACGUUAAAAUACCCUCUUACUCAAAUAACGUUGGGUGAUAGUUGUUGAGGUCCGCAUCUUGUUCUCCUGUAUGAAAGCCGGUCAACGUUUGGUUUCGCUGCCCCUUCGCGUGCCAACGUGUUCGUCUGAGCAGCGGGAGCGUUUUUGUGGCAAUAGUGGUCACCACUUCAAGUCCAAGCCUGACCGUGAGGAUGGAGACAAUCCGCCCAUGACCUCCUUUGGGGUUGCCGUGCGAGGCCUUCCCCUGGCCUUGGCUUCCAUGACACAGGCUACCGCCGCCGACUCGCGCUUCCACCCUAAAUGGCGGGCGAUCACUGUGGCGACCCUGCUGGCUUUGGUGCUCAUGUUGUACCUGCACCGUGCAGGAGAAGACAGAGACACUGCCGACGGAGGUCACCAACGCCACAGGGUUGACGAUAUGAAAAUGCACAGUGAGGAUGUCAUCUUCACCGACAGGCAAAAUGCUCGAAGCAUACGCCGCCAUCAGAGGAGCGAGCAACCAUACAACGACACAUACCCUUUGAGUCCGCCAGAGAAGACCCAGCACGGCAUCCGCUACCGUAUCGGCGUGAUCGCGGAUCUGGACACGGCGUCGCGUAGCUCAAAAGACCAGACGUGGUUCAGCUACAUGAAAAGAGGUCACCUGACCGUUUCAGACAGCGCUGACAGGCUGGAGGUGGAGUGGGAUGCUGAGACAGUCACACUGGAGAGUCAUCUAGCUGAGAAGGGACGAGGUAUGGAGCUGUCUGAGCUGGUGGCGUUCAACGGGCACCUAUACAGCGUGGACGACCGCACGGGCGUGGUGUACAGGAUCGAAGGCAGCCAGGCCGUCCCCUGGGUCAUUCUGCCCGACGGGGACGGCUCGGUCUCCAAAGGAUUCAAGGCAGAGUGGCUGGCAGUGAAAGAUGAGCACCUGUAUGUUGGCGGGCUGGGCAAAGAGUGGACCACGACCUCGGGGGAAGUCGUCAACAACCACCCGGAGUGGGUGAAGGUUGUCGGCCACCGCGGCGAUGUGCAGCACGAGAACUGGGUGCCGUACUACAACGCCCUGCGCAGCGCAGCAGGGAUACAACCACCAGGCUACCUUAUCCAUGAAUCAGCGGCGUGGAGCGAGCGCCUCCAGCGCUGGUUCUUUCUCCCUCGCCGCGCCAGUCACGAGCACUACGAGGAGACUGCAGACGAGCGGCGGGGCACCAACCUCCUCCUCUACUGCCCCGCCGACUUCAGCCAGAUAACGGUGCGGCACGUCGGCCCGCUGAACCCAACCCACGGCUUCUCCUCGUUCAAAUUUGUUCCGGACACGGACGAUCAGAUCAUUGUGGCCCUGAAAUCUGAGGAGGACGCAGGCCGGGUAGCCACCUACAUAACCGCCUUCACGCUUGACGGGCGGGUGCUGAUGCCCGAGACAGAGAUAGGGAAGGUGAAGUUUGAAGGACUGGAGUUUAUCUAACAAGGGCAAACCUGACGAAGAUUAACAAACAGACUUUGUGUUACAUUCCCAUCUUAGUUUGUGCAAUAUGGGGUAUGACCCAAAAUGAUAUAUUUCAUGAUCAUAUAUUGUGUGAUGAUUGAGAGGAACGGUAGAUCAUCACCGUGGGAGACAUGACCAGUGUCACCAGUAAUUGAGUUUUGUGCAGCUGGUUUGGGCGCCAGACACAAACAUCCACACCUUUCAAAAUGAGAAACCACCAAUAUAGAGUAAGCCGUCGGUUGAUCAAACACCAGGUGAUGUGGAUCUACGUUCCUGCAGCCAAACUCUGCUGGUCAGACACUCAGGGGAAUAAACAGGAUUACUUAUUACAAAGAAUGAUGAUAAAUAUGAAACUCGCAUCACUUUGUGUUUGAACUCACUCUGCAAUUAGCUUUAUAUUGAUAUAAUAACCGCUCGAGCAACUUGUUCCAUGUUUUUUUCAGCAGGUCCACCCCAAAUAUUUUCACAUAUUUUAGUAAACUAAAUAUUUGUUUUCUCAAGGCAGAGAAGUGAAACACCAGCUAUUUUAUUUAAACUGAAACCAUAAAUGUUACUUUUAUAUCCUUUUAAAAUACAUAAUAAAAUUAUG